AUGACUUUCCCCCCGGCUGAGGCAGCCAUUUUCUCUCAGGCACUGAACCGAUUGCAUGGAAGAUGCCUUGGCCAGAAAUUGUCUACUUACCUAUUCAAUGAACUUCGUAAUAAAGAGCACAUCGGCUACGUGGUCGACGCUUCAUUCUGGCCGGGAGAUCUAAAGCACAACGGCGUCAUGAUUCGGAUCAAAUCGCCCGUCCUAAAUGCCGAGGAACUGCGAACCCGAGUGCUCUCCGCGUUAGCCGAGUUUGACGAGUCCUGUGGUAGCACGGACUUGAGACAGUCCCUCUCCGAAAUAGUACAGGAGAUGGAGGAAAGGGAAUUCGAGCAUCAUUGGGCCCUGCAGCAACUUGGCCUAAACAGCGACAGAAUACCGUUCCUGGUAAGUUCGAUGGAGAAGACAGCCAGGACAAACGAUCGCGGAGCUUUUAGCCGCCACUUCAAGCAGGCACUAACUCAAAAGCCCUACAUUGCUCUAUAUAUGUAA